AUGUUUGUUCUACAGAUUUGGGAUGCAAGCAAAUUUCUAUGUAUUAUUCCCCCACGCCUCCGUGAGCUCUGGGAGCAUCCACAAAUUUCCGUGAGCACUCGGCUUUCCUCUCCUGGUCGCCCCGAUGCUGUGCCCCAACCGGCGCCGGCGCGCACGGGCUUCCCGAGCCCGCCGACGGCACCAGGCGAGGAGCAGCGCCCUCCUCCCACCCAACGCCCCGCCGCUUCCGCCGGUCGCCGCCGUCUGCGAUCCUGGCCCUACACACCUUGCCGCAGCCAACCCCUCCACGGGCUAGCCUCACCAGCCGCACCACCCCCGGCCAGCCCUCCAUCUGAGGCGCCAUGGGCUCGUCCCGCCACCCCCGCCACCAUCCAAGCGCAAGGCGCGGGGAACUACCCCCGCCAGGACGCGCGGCCUUUGGCCGAGCUUCCGGGCGCCGCCUGUAGAGCUCGCUUUCGACCUCCCCGCAGCUACAGGGAGGCGCAGUCUGUUGACGAGUGUUGGUGGGAGAUAGGAGAUGAGCACCACGAGCUUGGUCCCUUCCAGCAGUCAUGCAAAAGCACCUUUAGAAGUAAUUGUGUGUCCUUCCAUGCUGCUCAAGACAUUGGCAGCAUGGACUGCCAAAAGUAUGGAGCGCCCUGUGUUGUAGGUGGGCAAAUGAAAGGAUAGAUUUUCCACGCUUUCAUACUUGGAAAGAGGCUGCUGAAGGUCAGCGGUCUUCCAUUUUGUAGACUAUCAUGCACUGUUUUGUCAGUGGUCCAAAUUGUGUGAAGUAUAGGAAAAAGGUCAGCCUUGAGCAAUACCGUUCACAUGGGAUAGUUUUGCGCAAUAUGUUAAGCGAUAUGGCAAUCCCACUGGAACCCAGGAAAUCUUGAUCUCCUAAGCAAAACUCUAAUGUGGUUUCAAUUCCAUUGAUGGACAACACAAAUGUGUCAUUAUAUUUGGUUUCAGCUACAAUUUGAGCAGCUUCUUCCCUAAUGGUAUUCCUUUCUGUUAAUUGGACUUUCAUUUCUGUUUAAGGCACAUGGAUUGAGGGUUAUUUUCCAAUUGAAAUUGAAAAGAGAUAAAACAGAAUACAUUGUGUAUUUAAACAACUGUGAUUUCAAGGACAUUUCUUGCUCAAAUUUGAAGCUGUUGUAUUAAAUACAAAACAAAAAAUGACUAAUGCUCCGAACCAAUACUUUUUUAUAUUAAUUGUUUAGUGGUAUGGUGAAAAUGAAAUAUUAUGGACUUAUGGUUCAAAUACCCUUUGAUAGGUAUGAUCAAACAGCAGUGAACAGGAUAACUGUGGGAACAAUUUCAUCUUUGUCGCAAACAACAUUGAUGCUGAGUUGUGUUGCCUUAUGGCCCCGUAGAGAAACUUUCAUUUCCAUAUUACUGUUAAAUAACAAUAGAUGAUAGCAAAUUAUAUAAUCAAACAUUUAUAGUAUAGUUUCUAGAGAAUUAGGAAGAAAAAUAUGAAAUUAAACCUGACAUCUUGUUUUUAUAUACUUCUCAUUUUUUUAAGAUUAUAUUUUAUGCAAAUAUUUGAAUUGUUUUGAUUAGAAAAAUGAACCCAUC